UCUCGCUCGCCGCACGAACCCAACCGCAGUGUACUCACACACUAAACACCUACACAAACACGGUUCACGCAUGCGGAAGAACAACGACGACAAACGUGUGCGCAUCAUCAUCAUCCCUUAAGCCGUCGCCGACCAACCCAACUAAGUGAUCUAAAAGGGUGUUAAUCAGUGUGCUAAUAAACUGUUUUUAUUUAUUCCAUGACUUCUUGAUUGUGUGAAUAAUUUGCUGUGUCUUGGAUUUUUAAAUGACUGAGUAAUAACUGAGUUUUUGGAUUGUAUUUUUUUGUGGGAUUGAUUGACUCUGGUGCGCGGUCAAAGUGUCGGUGUUCAAGGUGUUGCGCUUAAGCGACACGGUGAGUCCCGCCAUAACGGUGGCUGGCAUGACCGUUCAGGACGAGGCGCGGGCCAUGCCGCAGACGGCGUCGACGCGCUCCCGCUUUAUGAUUACGGAUAUUUUGAGCGGGCCGCCGGAAUUGCGAGGCGGUGGCGGCGGCGGCGGCCGCUCGCCGUCGCCGGGGCCGCGAGAUUUAUCCCUGCAUUCGGCGCCGCUGCACCAUGAUAGCGAUACGGACAGCUCGGGACAUCCUGAUAACUCCAGCGUAUGCUCAAACGGUCAAAACGGCGACGACUCGUUGAAUUCCUCCAAGGGCUCCGGGGGUGGUUUGAGCAAGAAGCAGCGCAAGGCGCGCACGGCUUUCACCGACCUCCAGCUGCAGACUCUAGAGAAGAGCUUCGAGCGGCAGAAAUAUCUGAGCGUGCAGGAUCGCAUGGAGCUGGCGGCGAAAUUAAGCCUGACAGAUACACAAGUGAAAACGUGGUAUCAAAAUCGACGAACGAAAUGGAAGCGUCAAACCGCAGUGGGCCUCGAACUCCUCGCCGAAGCAGGCAACUACGCCGCCUUCCAACGCCUCUACGGUGCACCCCCAUACGGCUGCUUACCCCCACAACCAGGCCAAAGCGCCGCAGCGCCGAGCGCCGCCGACAUCUACUAUCGUCAAGCAGCGGCCGCCGCCGCCGUCACACCAAAACCACUACCGUACCGCCUCUACCCACCCGGUGUAGGCAUGGGUCUAGGCCUACCCGGCCCCAGCGCGCAUUUGGUCCUGGCCGCAAGCAGUUCACUUAGUACCUUAUCUAGUUACUAUAGCAAUCAAGGAGACGCACCGCCGCCCCCACGCUCACCCAGCCCCGACGCACCUUUGGACCCUGGCUCACCGGGAACCACCGGGCGGCGCUCACCCAGCGAUGAUGAGGAUACUAUCCACGUAUAGUCCCAAUCAACACAAAUUGAAAAUUUUUUUGAAGAAAAACAAAAACUUUAAUUGUGAUAAAGUGUAAAAAUGGACGUAUCCAGUGCGCGACGGCAACCUAACCUAACUUAUUACCUACAAUGGUACUUUAUUUCGUUUCUCGUUUUUGCUUUUAAGUGUUGUGUAAUAAAAACUAGACGGAAAAGAGAAAAAUGUUUGUUUCAAACGCCUUCGAGUAUUAUUGCUAUCCAAUUUGAAUACCUACUAUGACUGUAAUAAAUUGUAAUUAUUAGCAAGGCUUUAACGGAUAAUUGUAACACAUUUUAAAUGAAAACCAACGCCCCGCAGUCUAUUGUAAAUAUUAAACGAUAAUAAGUACUCCUACAAUAUGUGUAUUAAAAUGAUAUUCUCAAAUGUUGUGUUUUUGUACAUAAGUUCUGGAAACAAUUUGCGUUCGAAUAGUACAAAGUAAAAGCGAAAAAAUAAACAAUUCAAGAUGAUAACAUGGAAACAAAUGUGCAUUGACUACAAACUAGCAUACCUUAUAGAAAUACAUAA